AUGCUACGCGUGAAGGGCAGGAUCCGGGGGGAAGUGUUCCCCCUGAGGAGGCACUACACAAACAACAGCCGUGGAAUGCUGAAGGAGUACGUUUACACAAAGUAUCGAAUUAGUCUGCCACACAUCAGCAACGUAAAGUACGACGAUUUGUAUCUUUCCCAACCGAGCAAAGAUGACCUCUAUACAUUCACCAAGAAGGUCCCCAUUUUUUUACGUUACUUAAAGUUGAUAACAUCGAUGGAAAAUCGGAAUGAAGAUUUUGUAGAGUUUGCCAAGAGGUGCGAAAGUGGACUCACAACAGAAAAGGACGUCUACCUGACGAAGGAGGAACUACUAGACGUUAUGUUCUUAAAUGGGUAUUCGAAAAAAGAAAUAAACGCGCUAGACUUAGCAUUUACCAACAGCUAUGAAUUCCACUACCCCGAAAUUGCUGCGCUGUUCAAACUGGAGGAAGAAGAAGUGUACAAAUUUUGCCUCAAAAAGAGGAGUGAAAAUCCAGAGAAGUUAUUUCAUUUGAAAUUUAUGAAAGAGAAAAACCUCCUGUCAUCAUAUGGCCUUAUAUUUGUCUUCCUCUACUUUGGCCUAAAUAACGUCGUGUUGAGUAACGCUUGGUUCCUGUCGAAAACCAUCCCGUUCUUUUCCGUCUUCUACAUGCUAGCUUCUCAUUUUUAUAAGGACAUUUGGAACUUCCUCAAUAAGGAAAAAAAACUCAUGAUAGAACAGAAUGAGGAGAAUAAACUUGCUGCAGAAGAAAUCCUAUACAACCAACUGAAGCUGUAUUCCAAGGAUACGGAAUGCAGUGCCAACCUGACCAGCUUUAAGCAAUACUGCAAUGAACUAAUUAAGUACUACAGAAGAGCCUACAUAAAUGAAGAAAGGAAAAAAAUUCACGACCAGCUGGAAAAAAAACUCAACGAAAUAUACAAUGCAGAAGUGAAGUAUAAGAACUCACUACAGCAAAUCCUCGUCCAAGAGAUCCUUAAAAUGACGUACCAAAAGGUGGAAACAGACCCCAACUUCUACAACAGCAUCCUUAACGACAGUAUUAACAAUAUUAAGGGAAUUACACAAGACGAUACGCUAAUUAAACACGUGAAGAACCAGCUCACCUUUGUGAAAGAGCUAGACAAUAAGAACCCCCUUGUUAAAAAUAUCCUUGCGCAGUACGAACUUACGAAGGAAGGAUAUGUAAACCAAUUCGUGGUGCAAAAGGAGGAAGCCAACAAAGUCAAGGCGAUCAUUUCCAAGUGCGGACUCGAUUUAAACAAACUGAAUAAGGAGGACUACGGAGAGCUACUCAAACUGUAUGUUGCCAUAAAUAAUCGUUUCGGUUUCUACACCAAUGAGGAGGAAAUCCCCGCCGUGGUGCCAAAGGAUGAAGAUUCCAAGCACGCCGCCGACAGCGUCAACCGGGCCAUUGCCCAAGCUAAUCGGCAGGCCCGUGAGCGCAAUUUGGUGGCCUUCAUGCAGGCCUUCCAGUAG